UGUACUAAUUGUAAAACUACGGUGCCCUGAGUUCAGUAUUUAGUCGUUCAAUCUGAUUCAAAACGCUAAAAGAAGUUAAAAUUUUGUGUUAGAACUCGGGCCGUUAGCUUGCCGCUUGCUUUUAUCCAGAAGUGUAGCAAAGAAAACGCCUUCCGAUUGAUUAACCGUACGAUGGUAUUGGCCGCAAAAAAUGGAGAAGACGCCCGAAAUGGUCGCAGAAGUCGGGGGCCGAGCCCUAACGGGCACGUUCAAACAGAGUCCAGCGACGACGAUAGUCCCGUUCCAACAGAUAAAAUACGCGUGGGACGCGAUUAUCAGGCGGUUUGUCCCGAACUGACCCCGGAAAACCUACGGAAGCCCGAACUGUUGGCGGACCGAGCGUUACUGGUGUGGUCCCCGACUACCGACAUAGCCGAUUCAAAAUUAGAAGACUAUAUUCUGCUAGCGAAAGAUAAGUACGGUUAUAAUGGCGAGCAAGCUUUAGGCAUGCUAUUCUGGCACAAGCACGAUCUCGACAGAGCGGUAUUAGAUUUAGCGAAUUUUACUCCGUUUCCCGACGAAUGGUCUGUGGAAGAUAAAGUUCUGUUCGAACAAGCAUUUCAAUUUCACGGGAAAAGUUUUCAUCGUAUCAGACAAAUGUUACCCGAGAAGACCAUAGCGAGUUUAGUCAAAUAUUAUUAUAGUUGGAAAAAGAUACGAUCUCGGACGAGUCAAAUGGACAAGCAAGCUAGAAAAUUGACAACUCCACGCGAAGAUGGAACUCCUUCAGAAGCGGGCUCUGAAGGCGGAUCGAACGAUGACUCCGAUCACGACGAAAAGAAGUGGACUAUACAUCGCGGUAUAAGACGGAAGAGCGAUACUCCGCCUCGUUCUGGUACGAGCGACGAAAACGGAAAUCAGGGUGAAGGUGGUGCGUGUUCUAACUGCGGAGUCAACUGUACAGUCACACACGUGACACCGAAAGGCACUUUGUGUACAUCCUGCUUCCAACAUUGGAGACGAACAGGAAUUUUAAGGCCUACAUCAGGCCCGACGGCAAGCAAACGUGGAGCGCCCAUUGGGGCGAGGCAUAAACGCAAGCCACCUCGUGGCAUGUACAUCAAUCACGACGAUUUGGCAGCAAUGGCUUCCGGUUCGGCGGGCGUGCUGAUUCUAAAGGCUAUGGAUCGAGAGUUGGAAGCCCUCCAUCGCCAAAUCCAACAAAACAAACAGGUUGUGAGUUCCUUGAAACGAAAACAUUCUGAGUCUCUAGAAGAUCUCCGUCCAACCGGCGACAAUUCAUCACGUAUCAACUCUCGAUGGACUAACGAAGAAUUGCUGCUAGCGGUUCAAGGUGUUCGUAAAUACGGCAAGGAUUUCAAGAGUAUUGCCGAAGUCUUAGGUAAUAAAACCGAACAUCACGUGCGUAGUUUUUUCGUUAACUACCGUAAACGAUAUAAUUUGGAUACUGUACUUAAAGAUUACGAAAAGGACAACGGUCCUGUUGUAAUAGACGAUUCUGUUGAUGAAAAAGUGGAAUUAGACGAUAGUUUGGAUAAUAAUUCCUCAAAUGACGUUAUUUGUGUAUCACCCACUCCUCCUCCUCCUAAGAAGGAUUUUAAAAAUACUAAAAUCAGCAUUGCUCAAGCAAGUAAAUGAUAACGUAAACAAUCAAUUUAUAAUAAUUAUGAAUUUUGAUAUCGUAGUUAAAUUUACAGUAUAAUUGACUUGAAACUGUGUCGUAUAUUUUUAGAUUUUAAUAAUUUUUUCAUUGACGAUUGAUGAAAUUGCAAUAAUGUUAAUUAAUUGUGGCAAUUGUUAUGUAGUUACUAGUUUAGGUUUUCAUUUACUUGCGCCACAGAAUCGACGAGUUAAUAUCGAAAAAAUUUUCUUGCAUCAUGUAUAUUGGGACUGAAUCAACUUAGUGUAUAUACGAUAUGCUAGAGUGUAUUUUAUAAAAAUGUGUAUUAAUAAAGCUUUUAGGUAACAUUUUUAUUUAUUAAGUAAUAGUUUAUGUCCUUAUAUUAAGUUGCUGAUAUUGUAAUGAAAAUGUUUGUAUAAAGAAGUUUGUGGCUUCUGUUGUACGUGAAAUAUCAAAUAUUUUUUACCAUUUAUUUAUGAA